AGACUUGCCGAGGGCUGCCGAGGACAGCUAAGCGUUGCCAAGGGCAGCCAAGCGCUGCCAAGGUGGCGAGCGUUACAUAGGGCUGGCCGGGACUGCCGAGCGGCGCCGAGCGUUGCCGAAGACUGGCAAGACAGCCGAGCGCCGCCGAGGGCCGACUCGGAUAGACCGUAGCACGCCCGCGCCAUGGGUCCGGUGGUGGAGCGGCCGGCCGAGCCGGGCACGAGCGGCGCCGUGGAGCUGGAGCUGCUGAAGCGGCGCGCGGCCGAGCGCAUCGACGAGGCGGCCGAGCGCCUGGGCGCGCUGAGCCGCGCCAUCUGGAGCGCGCCCGAGCUGGCCUACGAGGAGCACCGCGCGCACGGCGAGCUCACGCGCUUCUUCGAGCGCGAGCCGCCGGCCGCCUCGUGGGCGGUGCAGCCGCACUUCGGGCUCCCCACCGCCUUCCGUGCCGAGUGGGCGCCGCCCGAGGCCGCGGCGGGACCCCGCGCGCUGCAGCUGGCCUUCCUAUGCGAGUACGACGCGCUGCCAGCCCUGGGCCACGCCUGCGGCCACAACCUCAUCGCCGAGGUUGGGGUGGCUGCGGCGCUCGGCCUCAGGGCUGCGCUGGAGAGCAUCGCUGCGCCGCCGCCGGUCAAGGUGAUUGUCCUGGGAACCCCUGCAGAAGAAGAUGGCGGUGGCAAAGUCGAUCUAAUUGAAGCUGGUGCUUUUGAGAACCUUGAUGUUGCUUUCAUGGCUCACCCGUCUCAAGAGAACGCCGCCUACCUCCCGGAUGUGGCCGAGCAUGAUGUGACUGUGAAAUACUACGGAAAAGCGUCUCAUGCGGCCGCUUACCCUUGGGAGGGUGUGAACGCCUUGGACGCCGCAGUCCUUGCCUACAACAACCUCUCUGCGUUAAGACAGCAGAUGAAGCCAACCUGGAGAGUUCAUGGCAUAAUAAAAAACGGUGGCGUGAAGCCAAAUAUCAUCCCCUCUUACUCCGAAUUAGUCUAUUACUUCCGUGCGCCCUCGAUGAAAGAGCUUCAAGUUCUGACCAAAAAGGCAGAAGACUGCUUCAGAGCUGCGGCUUUGGCUACAGGCUGCACAGUAGAAAUUGAAAGCGAAUCACACGAUUAUUACAAUGUCAUUCCCAAUAAAACACUGUGCAGUGCGUAUGUGGAGAACGGAAAGAAGCUGGGAAUAGAAUUCAUUUCAGAAGUUGCAGUGUCGAACGGCCCUUCAGGCUCUACUGAUUUUGGAAAUGUCAGUUUUGUGGUCCCUGGGAUUCAUCCGUACUUUUACAUUGGGACUGAUGCCUUGAAUCACACGGAGCAGUACACGGAAGCAGCGGGAUCACACGAGGCUCAGCCGUACGCUCUGCGUACAGCCAAGGCUCUGGCAAUGACCGCGCUGGACGUCAUCUUUAAGCCCGAGCUGCUGGAAGGAAUCAGAAAGGAGUUUAAAUCGAAGCUUCAGGAAGAACAGCUUUUAAACACGCCAGCAUAGAAGGAAAACCUAGGGACUGAUCAGGAAACGUUAAGUUUUGCUUGGUUUGGUUUUGUUGUUGUUGUUGUUGUUUUGUUUGUUUGUUUGUUUUUACCUCUAGUGUUUCUCAAUGAAAGAGAGCUUGCUUCUUUCUCAGUCCUGGUGAUGAGGACAGGAUAUAGCGAAGACACUAGCUCGUGUCUAGGUUUAGUGGAGUUGGCCAUAGGCAUUGAUGUGUAACACCAUCUAUUAAGCCAGGUGAGAUCUGACUGUGGAACAUUUGGUAAUGUUUGUAAAUGUAUCUGUUAUAUAGUGUUAUAAGCCCCACAGGUUUCAGAAGGUAACACUCAUGAACUCUGUAGUUCAGAGCGGUGAAUGUCUUCUCAGUAGUUUAAGUGGGGGGGGGGGCAGGAUUUAUUUUAAGCCUAACUGUAUCUGUUUGGGUCUAAAGAAAAACUUAUAAUAAACAUUUGCUUGUGGGACACUCCUAGAAUCACCAGUACGAAGAAU